AUGCGUAGGGUGGCGGGAUUUUUCUCGCACAGUGGUGUGCUCUUGGAACGCGUGCAUGGUGGUUUGAAGGAUCAGGACCGCAUCUUUACAAAUCUUUAUAAUGACUUUGGAACAAGUAUUGAGGCGGCUGAAAGGCGUGGUGACUGGUAUCGGACCAAAGAUCUCCUCCUCAAGGGACAUGAUUGGAUUAUUAACGAGAUCAAAGCCAGCGGGCUGCGGGGCCGCGGGGGAGCCGGUUUCCCAUCUGGCUUGAAAUGGUCUUUUAUGCCGAAGAAGAAACCAGACGACCGGCCAAGUUACAUUGUCGUAAAUUGUGAUGAAUCGGAGCCAGGCACGUGUAAGGAUCGUGAGAUUAUGCGUCACGAACCACAUAAACUCGUGGAGGGGUCUCUCGUCGCUGGAUUUGCGAUGCGGGCUCGAUACGGGUACAUUUAUAUCCGCGGAGAGUUUUACAAUGAGUAUCGCGCAGUAGAUAAGGCGAUUCAUGAAGCUUACGCUAAAGGUUAUCUGGGAAAGAACGCCUGCGGCAGUGGCUGGGAUUUUGACCUCUACACUUAUUGUGGUGCAGGGGCGUAUAUUUGUGGUGAGGAGACCGCUAUGAUUAUGAGCCUAGAAGGUGGCCCAGGCAAGCCACGACUGAAGCCGCCUUUUCCAGCCAAUGUUGGGCUGUACGGCUGCCCGACUACCGUCACUAACUGUGAAACGGUAUCUGUUUCGCCUACCAUUCUGCGCCGAAGCCCUCAGUGGUUUGCAUCCUUCGGACGCAAGAAUAACGCUGGUGUGAAGUUGUUCUGUAUUUCCGGACACGUCAACCGGCGCUGCACUGUCGAGGAAGAGAUGAGUAUCCCGCUGCGUGACUUGAUUGAGCGGCAUGCGGGUGGUGUCCGAGGGGGCUGGGAUAAUUUAUUGUGCGUUAUCCCAGGCGGUUCGUCCUGCCCGUUAAUCCCAAAACACAUCUGUGACAACGCUUUAAUGGACUUUGACGAUUUAAAGCGAUACGAGACCGGUCUCGGGACUGCAGCGGUGAUCGUCAUGGACAAGUCCACGGAUGUCAUCGACGCCAUUGAGCGGCUUUCGCAGUUCUACCAGCACGAAUCCUGCGGGCAGUGCACGCCGUGCCGCGAGGGCGCCCCCUGGCUUGAGAAGAUGAUGAAGCGCUUUGUAAGUGGAAACGCCAAAAAGGAGGAUGUAUACACAAUGUGGGAUGUGUCUAAGCAGAUCGAAGGUCGCUCCAUCUGUGCUCUUGGCACGGCCGCUGCGUGGCCCGUGCAGGGCCUUAUCCGUCAUUUCGAGCCGUUGCUGCAUGAACGCAUUGAGAAGUUUUGGGGUGCUAACCCACACUGGGGCAAGGCUGGUAGUCCGUGGCGUCGGUGGAAAACUCAUCGCUACUACACCAUGCAAAAGGGCGACAAGCUGAACUGGGAGGGAAAGAUUGUACGCAACUGGAAUUAG